AUGUUUUGGAUAACAGUUAGCGCAUUGAAUUCAAUAUUUGAAAUAUGGGGAAUAUCCGCAAAUCAACAGCAAUGGAAUAUAAGUGGAGAGCCAUGCAGCGGAGCCGCCAUCGACGACUCUAUCACCAUCGAGAACACAGAUUACGAUCCUUUUAUUAAAUGUGUCUGUUCUUUCAACAACAACUCUGUUUGCCGCAUUUCUGCAUUGAAAGUUUACUCACUGGACGUUUCUGGUGAGAUCCCAGAUGAGCUAUGGACUUUGGCUUCCCUUACCAAUCUGAACUUGGGACUGAAUUUCUUGACAGGUCCGCUGUCUCCAUCCAUUGCCAAUCUAACUGCUAUGCAAUACAUGGAUCUGGGCAUUAAUUCGUUAUCAGGGGAGCUUCCGAAAGAACUUGGAUUGCUUAGUGAGCUAAUUGUACUUGGAAUUGGAACGAACAAUUUCUCCGGUCCUCUGCCGCCUGAGCUUGGAAAUUUAACCAAAUUAGAGCAACUAUAUAUUGACAGUUCUGGAGUGAGUGGUGAGAUUCCUUCAAGCUUUGCCAAUCUACAAAGCCUGGUUACAGUGUGGGCUUCAGACACUGAACUUACAGGAAAAAUCCCAGACUUUAUAGGAACUUAUUGGUCAAAGCUUAAUGUCUUGAGGUUACAAGGAAACUCUUUUGAAGGGCCAAUACCAUCAUCCUUUUCCAAUCUGACUUCUCUGACAGAGUUGAGAAUAAGUGAUUUGUCCAAUGGGAGCUCGUUGUCCUUGGCAUUCAUAAGGGAUAUGAAAUCCUUAAGUACCUUAGAGCUAAGGAAUAACAACAUUUCUGAUACAAUUCCAUCCAAUAUCGGCGACUUCCACACUCUGCAGCAUUUGGAUCUGAGUUUCAACAAUAUAAGUGGACAAAUUCCCAGCUCGCUUUUCAACUUGAGUUCGCUGACUCACCUGUUUCUUGGAAACAAUAAAUUAAAUGGUACUCUGCCUGCAGAAAAAAGCGCAACUCUUCUAAAUAUAGAUGUAUCAUAUAAUAAUUUAUUAGGCAGCUUUCCUUCUUGGAUCAAGGAAGAAAAUUUACAACUUAACUUGGUUGCCAACAAUUUCACACUAGAAAGCUCUAACAGCAGUGUUUUGCCAUAUGGCCUGAACUGUCUCCAACGCAAUUUUCCUUGCAAUCGAGGUUCUCCAAUCUAUUCUAGCUUCGCUGUGAAGAGUGGCGGUCCACAAAUUAAAUCUUCCAAUGAUAUUGUGUAUGAGAGGGAUAACGAGACUCUUGGUCCAGCUACAUAUUAUGUGCCUGACACAGACAGAUGGGGAGUUAGUAAUGUUGGAUAUUUUACCGGGAGCAGUAAUCCGCAGUAUAAAAUAUUUUCUCAGUCUCAAUUCAUAAAUACCCUAGAUUCAGAGAUUUUCCAGACAGCCCGGAUCUCUGCUUCAUCUCUAAGAUAUUAUGGUUUAGGCCUUGAAAAUGGAAACUACACUGUCACCCUCCAUUUUGCAGAAAUAGCUAAUUUAGAUUCCACAGGAUGGAAGAGCCUUGGAAGGCGCACAUUGCCCUCGCUAAGGCCAUCGAUGUCACGUGUGGUUGCAAUGCUGUGUGGAGACAUUGAAGUGAGCCCAUUAAGUUCAAAGCCAGGAUACUUGAAUGACUGGAAAUUUGAUGAUGUGACCACAUUUGCUGGUGACAAUGCAACUAAAGCAAGCGAUUCUACUAGCCAUUAUGCUUCUUCUUCAACAAACACCGGGGCUAAAGCUUCUCCAGGGAAUGGAACUAAAGGCCUUCUCCAUGACAUUAUUGGAGAGGGACGUUCCAUGNACUUGGAAAUCCAUUUCUUUUGGGCUGGUAAAGGGACUUGUUGUGUUCCUAGCCAAGGUUCAUAUGGACCUUUGAUUUCGGCCAUCAGCACAACCUCAGAUUUCCCCCCUACUGUAAGAGCCCCAACCAUUGAGAAGAACAGAACAGGCCUAAUUGUUGGGAUUGUUGUUGGCGUCGGGGUUGUAUUUCUGUUAGUUCUUGCAGUUUUCUUCACUGUCAUAAGAAGAAAAAGGUUGCAGACUGAUGAUGAAGAGCUUUUUGGGAUGGAUGUGAAACCAUACACUUUCAGUUAUGCUGAUCUAAGGACUGCUACUGAUGACUUCAGUCCUACAAAUAAGCUUGGAGAGGGAGGAUUUGGACCCGUUUAUAAGGGAAAACUCAAUGAUGGAAGAGUAAUUGCUGUGAAGCAAUUAUCUGUAGCAUCCCACCAGGGGAAGAGUGAGUUUGUUGCAGAAAUUGCUACUAUAUCUGCCGUGCAGCAUCGGAACCUAGUAAAACUGUAUGGAUGCUGUUAUGAGGGUGCACAACGGAUCCUUAUUUAUGAAUAUCUAGAAAACAACAGUCUUGAUCAAGCAUUACGAAAUAUUGGAGUAUGA